GGAGUGAUGACAAGGCUCGAUUGCCUUUGAGGGCCCGGCCGGAGCUGUCAGAGGAGGGUGGGAGGAAGGCAGGCAGGCGAGAGGCAGCCCGGCUAGUCUGAUCCAGAGGCAGGCGAGGGGAGCGCGCAGCGCAACGCAGGGAAAAGCCUGGCCGAGCGGCGAGAGGGAAAGGGAGCCACUCCGGAUUUGGUGGCAUUUAAACGGCCCCGGAGCAGCUUGGCCAGAAGCACCUCGACCGUGGAGGAUCGGGAGGGGGGGCGACCUGAGCGCGUUUCUCCGUCUUACCGGGAAGAUUUGCUGCUACCGAGGGAGAGGGGAGUCCUCGCCGGUUCGCCUAUCCCCGGAGUGAAGCACUGUUUGGCCGGCCGCGACACCGAUCUGGAGUUGGGUCUCUUUUCCCCAGACGGGGCCCCCCGUCGGCCGCCAGGAAACUGCUGUCCCCUGAGCGGGCUGCGAAGGGAUUUCUCUUUCCCGGGAAGGUGACCUUCGACGGGCCGCGUGGCUUCCCCUCCUGCGGUCCGAAGACUUUUUGACUGCGCUCCGGAGGCCAGGCGCUGAAGAAAGCCGAGGCCGUUUCGCAGGCGACCCACAAGACGAAGACGCCCCCAACGCGCUCAGAGCGUCACCCCAGGACCGCCCGCGACACCCCCACCCCCCAUUACAAUAAUAAAUCCUCUUUCAUCUCAGGCCUUUCAUCUGAGUCGCUUGCACCCUCCUUUCCCGUGCGUUCUGCAAAGAGGGCCGCCCGGUUAAGAAGGAGGCCUUCCUCGGGGUAUCCCCAGGGAAAGCCCCCCCCAACCCCCUUUCCUCAGCACCUGAAGGCUUAGCCCCUCCCUGGAGUCCUCCCAAAUGCAGCCGGUCCCUGGACGCACCCCGAUUUUGGAGCACCUCCAAACGCUCCCUUUCUGCUGCGCUCGGAAUCGCUGAGCUUCGAAGGGUCCGGGCCUGAAGAAUCUUUGCGGCUGCAUCAGAGGAACCCCUCAAGACUUCCUUUCGGACGGGGCGCCCCUCAAGAGCCUCCCCAAUUCCUCCUCCCGUGCCAUUUUCAAAGCUCUCCCCACCCCUCCUCCGGAGCUCUCCAAAAGUCCCCCCAAGCUAUCCCUGCGACGUCCCGGGAAGGAACCAGCCUCUUCUCCGCAGCCCGAGACCUGGCAAGUGAGGCCCGGGCUGCCCCCCAACCACAGAAGGUCUCCUCCUUGGCGGUGGCCCCCGCGGCCGGGUCCACUCCUGCGGGGGAGCCUCUGCGUCCCCGGGCUCCGGCUCGCGCGGUCCUGGUAGCGCAGGGGCCUCCUCGGCGCGCCCCCUCGGAGCCCCUCCGGCCCCGGGGAUGCUGGCGGUGGGGCAGAUGGAGGGCAGCCCCCGGCCGAGCGCCUUCCUGCUCAGCAGCCCGCCGCUGGCCGCCCUGCACAGCAUGGCCGAGAUGAAGACCCCCCUCUACCCGGGGGCCGCCUACUCCCUGCAGCCCCCCGCCGCCCCCGGCGGGCUCUCGUCCCUCUCGUCGUCCUCCUCCCCCUCGUCGUCGUCGGCCUCCGCCUCGCCGUCGCCUCCGCUGGGCCCCCCGACGCCGGCCGGCCAGAAGCCCCCCCUGUCCGGGGCCCUGUCGGCGCUGGGCUCCCCCCCGCCGCAGCACUUGGCCGCCACCCCGCACGGCAUCAACGACAUCCUCAGCCGGCCGUCCAUGCCCCUCGUCUCGGCCGCCGUCGCCGCCGCCUCCUCCUCCUCUGCCUCGGCCGCCUCGGCCUCGCCCGCCGCCGGGCUCCUGGCCGGCCUGCCCCGCUUCAGCAGCCUCAGCCCGCCCCCGCCCCCGCCGGGCCUCUACUUCAGCCCCAGCGCCGCCGCCGCCGUGGCCGCCGUGGGACGCUACCCCAAGCCGCUGGCCGAGCUCCCCGGCAGGACCCCCAUCUUCUGGCCGGGGGUCAUGCAGAGCCCCCCCUGGAGGGACGCCCGCCUCGCCUGCACGCCGCACCAAGGCUCGAUUUUGCUGGACAAAGACGGCAAAAGGAAACACACGCGGCCCACCUUCUCCGGCCAACAGAUCUUCGCCUUGGAAAAGACUUUCGAGCAAACCAAGUAUCUGGCCGGGCCGGAAAGAGCCAGGCUGGCCUACUCGCUGGGCAUGACGGAAAGCCAAGUCAAGGUGUGGUUCCAGAACCGCCGGACCAAGUGGCGCAAGAAGCACGCGGCCGAGAUGGCGACGGCCAAGAAGAAGCAGGACUCGGAGACGGAGCGCCUGAAGGGCACCUCGGAGAACGAGGACGACGACGACGACUACAACAAGCCGCUGGACCCCAACUCCGACGACGAGAAGAUCACGCAGCUGCUCAAGAAGCACAAGAGCGGCGCUGCCGGAGCCACCACCAGCCUGCUGCUCCACACGGCCGAGACCGACGGCUCCUCCUAGACGGACGGACGGACGGACGGACGGGGGACUUGGGCAGGCAGACAGGCAGGCAGGCAGGCGGCCCCGGGACUGCUGCUCCGCUCAGACACGUGUACAGAUCUAUUUUUCUAUGUCGUCCCAGCGCCGGGACGAGCACCGG